GUCCCGCACAGCACGGAACUGAGUCAACGCAUUUCUCAGAAGAAGGGCAGGGCGCUCGGUGGCUGGUCCCCGCAAGAAGGCUGUUGUUAGUGCUACUAGCCAGUUGCUCACCUAGCUGAAGCGGUCAGCUGAUCCAACAACUUUAUGUAUCCGUGUUAAAUCUCUUAGUUUUGGUGCAUUUCAUUUGUUUGACGCUGAUUCUCCGUUGGCCGUCCAGCAAACGAAAAUGUCCGAGCCUACGGUGGCCGAUACUCGCCGGUUGCAUUCCAAGCCCCAGGACCUGACAGACGCCUACGGUCCGCCGAGCAAUUUUCUGGAAAUUGACGUUUAUGAUCCACAAACUGUGGGAGUCGGACGCACCCGUUACACAACAUACGAAGUUCGCAUGAGGACAAACCUUCCCAUCUUCAAGCUGAAGGACUCCUGUGUGAGAAGAAGAUACAGCGACUUUGAGUGGCUGAAGAAUGAGUUGGAACGAGACAGUAAGAUUGUAGUUCCCCCUCUGCCAGGUAAGGCCCUGAAAAGACUGCUGCCGUUCAGAGGAGACGAGGGCAUCUUCGAGGAGUCCUUCAUCGAGGAGCGGCGAGUGGGCUUGGAGCAGUUCAUCAACAGAAUUGCCGGCCACCCGUUGGCCCAGAAUGAGCGGUGUCUUCACAUGUUUCUACAGGAGGAAGGCAUUGACCGCAACUACAUUCCCGGAAAAGUAUGAAUAAAGUAAGGGUUACUUUAUUUUUGACAUCCCAUAUGCUUCGAUGCCCAGGUAUACUUUUUGUUAUAUUUUUGUGACCCAAAGUGGCUUGCUAUGUGACUAAUAUGUACAGGUAUGUUAUCUAGGGAUCAUGUAUACUUAACCAGCAGCUGAUAUUGACUUGCUGCCCGACAACCUUGUUAUUACAUUUUUUAAGAAACCUUUGAUACACACAACCAGAAUGCAUUCUGGGUGAGAGUAGAGCUGGGCCACUUUCCGUUUGCAUACCCGAAUUGAGAAGAUCCAAAAGGCUUGUGUAAAGAAGGCCAUUGUGGUAUUAUAAUGCUGCCUGUAUCAAAGGAGUUGGCCAAUUUGUGAAGACCCCAAGUUAAUUGUUGACUUUCUCUAUGUCGAGAUGUAAAUCAACCUAUCUGCAAAUUUUGUUCCAACUCGCCUCCUCUCACUGUGUAGACAUGUUCUGAAUUUUGGAAGUUGGCCAUCCAAUAUAUUCCGAACAAGGGUUCAUCAGCUACCAUGGCUUUUAAUUGGUUUGUCAACCCCAAGUAGGCACAUACGAACAGCCCUGGGUAGGUGGCUCGCCUCCAUGGUGCCCACAAAGGAACAAAUGCUCUACUUUCGAUUCUGUGUUGCCACCCCACUGUGCAAUGUCACAGAUUGAGACUGAAGUGCACAGUAACCAUUGUGUAUGAAGACGGUCUGUGUAACAGACAGUCUUAUCAUCCUGAGUGCAGUGUAGUAUUUCAAUGAGACCAAUGGUGAGUGUAGGAGGGGGUGUUGUUCUUUACUAAUUUGAGUGCAGCAGAAGCAUUCUGUGUUUACACAACUGCUGCUUAUCAACAUGUUGCAACCACGUCUGCAACUAAAUGACAACCAAAACGCAUUGUAACCCACUGAACCACUGUCCAGUCGGUUUGGACAGUGGAAGGAGGUGUCCAAAGAAGACGCUUGAUCAAAUUCCAAUGUUUAAACAAGGGUCUGAAAUAUGAUGCCACAUACUUUACAAGUAUUGAUACCCUAAGAAUUUUCUAAAGGAAUUUCUUGAGUGUACACAUCUUUUCACUCUCUCCCCCCUGUUCUCUGUCCCUCUUUGAAGAGCGUCUGGAUGGCCGGGCGUACCCAUGUACAUUAUCUUCUACAUCGUGUCAUGCGCUGCAAUGUGUGGUAAUGCCAGAAACGAUGAGAGUCAGAGAUAUCGGAUAUCUCCCAUUUGUUCUGGUUUUGAAGCAAGUAGGAAAUCAAAUAUAUGAAUCGUAUGAUAUUUCUUUACUAGGCAUUCUAUAUACAUAAUUUGAACUAUAAUUAACAGGUUUGAGAAUUCGCCACACAGUUGUGUUGUCCCACCACAGCUAUAAUCUAUUCUAUGUUUGUUUUUACAAGGAAUAUUACAUUGUAAUGAAUGUCUUUUGUUUCCAGAUGUAUUCAAAGCCAUUCCUGUUUUAGUCCAUCUGUUCCAUUUCGCUUUCAGAGCUUGGCUGUUGAUUUAAUACCAUCCAAAGUGGAGCGACAUGUAGCAUUAUUAAAGAUAAGACGGUACAAUGAGUCCCACCUUUAUCCAAAUGUUUGCUUUGUUUUUGUUUAAGCAUUCCAAAUAAAAGAGAGAGGGGGGGGGCAGUUUGGGAUGGCGUCUUUGGUUUCCCCACGCCGUCUUGGUAUAAUCAAAUGUUUUGGCUGUUAAAAAAAAACACUAUUGGACAUGUUGAGUAAGGUAAACACCAUAUCUAAGCACUGUGACAAACUUAUUUUGAACACAAACAUCUCCUUCAUUGACCUGAAACACAGCUGUAUAUGCUCUUAUUUCCAGCUUUUUAUAUAUUUUUAAUGAAUGUUAUUACAAAUCAUAUUAAUACAUUGAGUCAUGGCAACCGCCCAAGUUUCUAUUCACCAAUAAAGUUCCUGCUGCCUGCUUCGAUGUGUGCUCCAUUCUGCGGGGAUCAGCGUAAUGCCCCCAGGGGUGGCGUGGGAUGCUGUUUCAGCGCUUGGCAUUCAUUCUUGUCCGUCUCCAUACUUGGGAUAUUAAAUGGAUGACAGAUUCUACUUUCUUUUGCAGUUUGAUAUCACAGCAAAGCAGGGUGAUGACCCCGUUGAUUUGGACAUCAACAAUGAUUGGGAUAUUGUGUUUGUGUCCAUUUGUAUGUGGAUAUUGAGUGUUCAAAUGCAGGGAUGACCUAGAACGUAUAUAAUAGUAUACACCAUCCAUAUGAAAUGCACUGUAAGCAAAAAUCUGUUUUUUAAAUGGGAUAGUAAAGAAUACAGAUUGUAUCUUUAAAGACACAGCCAAAUAAACCCUGUUGAACUCUGAAUGUUAUAAAUAUUUGAAAAGGCUACCAAAUCAAAGUAUCAGUUUACCCUUAAGUAGAUAUUUUGCUUAUGAAGAAAAAAUAAUACAUUGUCAAAAAAUGUACUUUAGAUUGUCCUUUGUUUAAGGUUAGCCAUGGAAUGUGACCGAUGGAUUAAAGUUUCCUGGAAUGUCAUGCUGUGAAGGUCACCCAAAUAAGAUGUAAAUUAAAAAAAAAUUGCUUUUCCACACAUUUCCAUGGCAAAGGAUAAACACGAGCUUGAACCUGUAGGCUAGGCCUACAGCAUAUGCAAUGCAUCAAUCAAAUCCACGUAUAUUAAGUUAAGGGUACAGGGUAAUUGACAGCAAUAUCGUUGACCCACGAACCAUGCACACUACUGAGAAAGAAGGAGGUUACCGUGGUCUUUGAUGUGAUGUCCUUGUUUUAGGAAAGGCAGGCUGACUUGACAGACCGAGCUUGACCAGCAGAGGGAUUAGGCUCUGGUGCGCUCUGCGCUGGAGUCCAGUGAGCUCUGACGCGUGGUGUAUAGGGGGAGACAGGCGGUUUGUUUAGUUUGAUAAAGUGGAAGUAAAUGAAAAGAGCAACCCAAAGCAGCGUCGCUGGGCACAGACAAAACGUUCACCUACAAGUGUAUAUAGCGCUCUGACAAACAAUGAAAAGAGGAGAAGUUCAAGAGGAUGAGAGAAUCAAAGAAAUAGUUCUAUGUUGGCCUUUGAAGGGCACCGUUGUCCUUUGGCUUUAAUAUUUCACAAUUAUUGAAUGAUACGGAUAGGUUUAUAUUUGUGUAAUUUAUAGUAGCGAGUUAUUUUUUCAUAAUAAAGUAUGGUAGAGAUAAGAGACUGGACGGCCUAUGCUCAAUUCCUUUUAGGGAAUUCACAAAGGCUUUCAUUUAGAUCAAAUUAAUUAUUACAUUUUAUUUGACUUCAUAUCAAAGAGGUUAAGUAAAGCUGAAGCUGAUAACACAUUUGGCCUUUAAGCCCCAACUUUACAAAUUAAACCAACCAUCAUGUUUACUACACACACUCAUGCGCA